AUGUCAGCAGAAACGCAAGAUUCUGCGCAAGUGGUUUUUCGUUUGCGUUCAUCACAUCCAGAUGACUUCCAACGCGACGCCCGAACGGACAUCGGGAUUGUGUCUGCUGCCGCGGAUAAUGGCUACAUUUCAUUUGAUGCAGUACCCAGGCCGACCAACGUGGAAGGUCUAGUGCCUUAUGGUCAACGGAUCACGACGAUCGGCUCAGGAUAUGAAGUGCCAACCACGCACGGCCUCCCAGACCUUGUCGCUGACUAUGGGAAAGCAGGUGUAUUGACUUCUGCUUCUACCCUCUUCCUCAUAUUCUCAUGCGCUAUCGCGCUGCUUGCACUGGCCUGUGUAGGCCUAAGACAGCUUGCCACCAAGCACUUGUGUACCCAAUUUUUUUGGUUUCAUAAGGCUUGGCAAAUUCUGCCCUAUGUUGAAAAGCAUGCAGUAUUGUCCACCUGCAGGGGAAAUUCAGACUCUGGAACAGCUGUGGCGGUGACACAGAGCAUUCUGAAUGAGAAAUGCGAGGAACCCCUGUAUUCCAGUGUUCGCGCAUCUACUCUAUUGUCAUAUGUCUCUGUCACCUCCUCCAAUGACUUAGAAGAAGACUCCGAGGACGAGAAGUUCCACGAUGCUUUAGACAUUCUGCCGUCUCUCGGCGUGCAAGACCUUCCGUCCUCUGAUUCACCUUCGCGCGAUCUUCCUUUACCACCCAUCACAACGGCACCUAACCCCGAUCAUCGAUCCACACCCCCACAAACAUGUGUACACCCAGCAAUAGUUUUUGAAGCUCAUGAACCACUUGCACGUCCUUCCUGGUCCGUGCGGGUCGCAACUCCUGUUCCUGCGCCUCCUUCAUUGCCGCUUAUUCAUCCUCGCAGUCGCGCAUACCGUGCUGUGCCCGAGUUUGACAUUGCUCUGGCGAUGCAGCUCAGGCCAGGCCGUGGCAUUGGCGCUGACCCAGCGUGGAUGGUGCGCUUCUUAAUGGCUGUUUUUGGGUGGUUUGCUGUUGCGCUUACCGGGAACCAAUAAUUCUGGUGCAGGCUGGAAUUCUAUUUUCCAUGCCCGCCGACCCUGAUCUGCCACGAGGUUCCGAUUUAUGGCUGCCCUUGCAGGGCGUAGGGUGCUGUGCUCCCUGACACUUCCCUCUGCAUCUCUGCAUUUUUUGUCAAGGAAUUUACUACUUGGAACAUUGCAUCAAUUCAACCAUAUCCCGGAAGAUAUUGGUCUCUAUGCCAUCAAUUGUCUUUGCACAUUUUUAUAUACCUUCCAUGACAUCCCAGUUGCUCCAUAGUAAUGGUUCAAAGGUUACUCUCAAAAUUAACUUUCUUGACCUCAUUUUAACCGGACUCGGCAUGCAACUUGCGAUGUGGCUUCAGGUUUUGGAAUUUCGAAUGAAUUUCCUUCUCAUUACGUUCACGCUCAGUGAGCCUCGGUUUCAACGUUGAACCUUCCCCUCAGGUUGUAUAGCUUAGCUGCUUAGCAAUCGCUCUCAAUAUCGGUCAGCUCU